AUGGAAAAGACAGUAGGAAUCUCCCGAAAGGAAUGGUCUAAGAAAUUGGACAAUGCACUCUGGGCUUACAGAACCGCCUUUAAAACUCCAUUAGGGACUACGCCAUUUCAUUUACUUAAUGGAAAAGCUUGUCACCUACCAGUUGAACUUGAACACAAAGCAGCUUGGGCAGUCAAACUGCUAAAUUUUGACAUUAAGCCAGCUGCUGAAAGACGGCUUAUUCAGCUGAACGAACUAGAUGAAAUCCGACACUUGGCUUAUGAGCAUUCGGAAAUCUACAAAGAAAAGACGAAAGCCUAUCAUGACAAGAAGAUUAUUUCUAGGCAUUUCGAACCUGACGACCAGGACCUUUCACAGUUAAGGAAGUGCGACCUUACGGAGCCGUAA